AUGCCCGUAGCCUUCAUCAUCAAAGAAGCCAUUCCCGAGAAACCUAUCGCGGAAAUUUGGGUGACCGUGGUGACGGGAGCAGGAGGCGAUCUCAAGGAUGCUGGCGGCGUCUUUCCUGAUGUUGCCAUUUGGGACGACAAUGGCAACAGAAUAGGACGAUACCGCACCAAGCUAGGUGACAAGAGAGCCCAGAGCAGCGAGCGAACCGUCAAGAUACCGAAUAAUGAGAACAACGGGCAGAUAUCCGAUCCCCAAUAUGCCAUGUUGAGUCACGAUACCGACGCAACAUGCAUUGCGAUGGUCCAAGUUUCCAACGGCCGACUCAGUGGGACGGUCAAUGCAGACACUGGAUACAAAUGUGACCAAGGAUGGUACUACAGCCAACGGAAGUUCAAGUGUGAUAACCUCAUGACCAAGUGUGUAUGGAUGGACUUAGAUCACUCCCAUCCCAACUUCAACGCUAUGAGUUUUCACCUCAGAGACAUACUGCCUUCGCCUGACAAGUAG